AUGGCUGCAGGUACCCAAGUGAACUGGGAGAAUUUCAAGCGGCUAUUCUUGGAGAAAUACUUUCCACGAGAUGUGAGACGUAGGAAACAGGUAGAAUUCCUUGAGUUGAAGCAAAGAGAGGAUUCUGUGGCUGAGUAUGUGACUAAGUUUAAAGACCUGGUUAGAUUCUAUCCCAUGUAUGAUGGUGUGGGUAAUGAAGAGGACAAGUGUGUGAAGUUUGACAACCGUGCUAGGGUAACUCAUUAUAAGAGUGGAGGACCCAUGAAGAAUCAUAAUAAGUUUGGUUCAUCUAGUAAGGGUAAACCUUACACCAAAUCUGUCGGGGAUUCGAGUUCUAAAGUGGAUAAUCAAGGUUCUGUGCAACAAAGGAGCCAAGCUCCAAUGGCUAGCCAAACUUCUAGAGGGGGGAGUAUGGGUUCUGUUCCACGCAACAACUGCUUCAACUGUGGGAAGCCAGGUCAUAGGGCAAUUGAGUGUCGGACGUCAAGAGUAAUAACAUGUUUCAACUAUCAAGAGAAAGGACACAAAGCUAAUGAAUGCCCCAUGAAUAGGAAAGGAAGGGUGUUUGCCUUGAGUGGUGCUGAAGCUACUCAAUCCGAAGACUUAAUCCAUGGUAUGUGUUUCAUCAAUGGAACUCCUCUAAUUGUUUUGUAUGACUCUGGUGCGACUCACUCUUUUGAAUUAAUAGUAGAGACACCAACUAGUGGUUAA